AGCUCGCUCUCCUGUGCGACUUUCUCAAAGUCUGAUUUACUCCGUAUUACACAGAUUAAUGCUCAUUGCGCCUGCGCAAACAAACACAAAACAACGCCGUUGGAGUAUAAACAGAUCAAACAAGAUCUCGUGCGACGUCUGGAUUUAAAAAAAUAUAUAUUAAAAACAAUCCCCGGCGCGUGACCCAGGAUCUCAACGGUGAAGAAUUUCCGCCAUGCUUACCAAUGGACCUCAGAUGUGUGAGCGUCUGAUCCACGCUUGAUCUCAUGGCUCCUUUCUCGCCCUGACGUCUUGGUUUUUUGCCAGGAUCCAAAAUGAGCAUAAGCAGCGAUGAGGUCAACUUUCUGGUGUACAGAUACCUACAGGAGUCGGGAUUCUCUCACUCAGCUUUCACGUUUGGCAUAGAGAGCCACAUCAGCCAGUCGAACAUCAACGGCGCUCUCGUCCCCCCCGCCGCGCUCAUCUCCAUCAUCCAGAAGGGCCUGCAGUAUGUCGAGGCUGAGGUCAGCAUCAACGAGGAUGGCACUCUUUUCGACGGUCGCCCGAUCGAGUCUCUGUCCCUUAUCGAUGCCGUGAUGCCCGACGUGGUGCAGACGCGUCAGCAGGUUUAUCGCGACAAGCUGGCGCAGCAGCAGCAGCAACAGGCAGCGUCCGGGACUGCAGGCAGCGCUACUACCGCCGCCGCCGCCAAGAAUGGAGAGAGUGCAGCGAAUGGAGAGGGAAAUGGCGCGCACGUCUUAUCUAACCACCACUCAGACAUGUUGGAGGUGGACCGGGCGGUGGAGAUCCCGGCCCAUAAGGCCAUGGUGCUGCGGGGACACGAAUCCGAGGUGUUUAUCUGCGCCUGGAACCCGGUCAGCGACCUGCUCGCUUCAGGGUCCGGGGACUCGACGGCGAGGAUCUGGAACCUGAGCGAGAGCAGCUCGGGAGGCUCCACCCAGCUGGUGCUGCGCCACUGCAUCCGAGAGGGAGGCCAGGACGUGCCGAGCAACAAAGACGUCACCUCACUGGACUGGAAUAGUGAAGGUACACUGCUAGCUACCGGCUCCUAUGAUGGCUUUGCCAGAAUAUGGACUAAAGAUGGUAACCUCGCCAGUACUUUAGGCCAGCACAAGGGACCCAUAUUUGCCCUUAAGUGGAACAAGAAGGGCAACUUUAUUCUCAGCGCCGGCGUCGAUAAGACCACAAUUAUUUGGGACGCGCACACAGGAGAGGCGAAGCAGCAGUUCCCAUUCCAUUCAGCUCCCGCCCUUGACGUGGACUGGCAGAGCAAUAACACCUUCGCGUCCUGCAGCACAGACAUGUGCAUCCACGUGUGUAAACUGGGCCAGGACCGACCGGUCAAAACAUUCCAGGGUCACACGAACGAAGUGAACGCCAUCAAGUGGGAUCCGACCGGCAGUCUUCUGGCCUCCUGCUCCGACGAUAUGACGCUAAAGCUUUGGAGUAUGAAGCAGGACACCUGCGUUCAUGACCUGCAAGCUCACAGCAAAGAGAUCUACACCAUCAAAUGGAGUCCCACAGGACCCGGGACCAACAACCCGAACGCCAAUCUCAUGCUGGCCAGCGCGUCGUUCGACUCGACGGUGCGGCUGUGGGACGCAGAGCGCGGCGUCUGCGUACACACGCUGACGCGGCACCAGGAGCCUGUCUACAGCGUCGCGUUCAGUCCAGACGGCCGUCACCUCGCCAGCGGCUCCUUCGACAAAUGCGUCCACAUCUGGAACACACAGAGCGGCGCCCUAGUGAACAGUUACAGGGGAACGGGCGGGAUCUUCGAGGUGUGCUGGAACUCCAGCGGAGACAAAGUAGGAGCGAGUGCGUCGGAUGGUUCGGUUUGUGUAUUAGACUUGCGGAAAUGACUCUGCCGAAGAGGGAAGCCGUGCAUCGACAAGGAAUGUGCACCUCGCCAAAAUCACACGAACUGUUCUCCGUUCUCACUCGGGAUACACGACUAAUAACUCGCACCAAAAUAUCACUUUUCCCUUUAUUUUUUUUUUAUCCAAAAAGUUAGGAUGCGACAGAUCUCCAGCUUCACAGAGCAUCCGGCCGACCUCUGAUAACACUGAACACCAAGCAGUUAGACUUGUUUAUUUUUUUUUGUUUGUUUGUUUUUUUGUGAGACACUUGACAUCCUUAUAACUUGAUCUGUCUAAAGACGGCCGUUAUGUACCGAUUUUAGUUUUUUAUCAAACAGCUUAUUAUUGUUUAUGCGAGCUAUGCAACAUUACGAGCAGACAAAAAAAAACAUGGUUGAUCAUUUUAACUCUAUUAUCUGAUCUAUUCCACAAAAACGUUAUAUCGAUAGCUAGAAUACGGAAAACAACCCACGACUGAAAUUUCAGGCAAAUAAACAAAAAAGACAGUAAAAUCGGUUAAUAAUAAAACAUUAAUCUUUACCGAGCUGUUAAAGCUCAACAUCAAGUGCGGUUUCUUUUUAAAUCUUUGGCUACCUGUCACGGUAAACACGGUUCAGAUAUCAUGUCUUCUUCCAAAAAAGAAAAAAACUUUUUCCACAGAUUGAAUGCUAAAAAUAAAUAAACAAUUAAAAUAAAAUCUCAAUCAGUUUACAUUAUGAACUCAACGUUCUGAGUGUAAAUAAGUUUUUUCGGAGCUACUUCGAGAUCGUGACUAAAGCGCAACUCUGAUGAUGCAGAGUUUUGGGAAGUUGACUCGUGAGUCGGACGUUCUUGCUUACAUCACCUGCUUGCGAGUUUCUUUAUAAAAUACCAUUAGACGGUCUUUUUUUUUUUUUCUCCUUUUUCUCUCUCCUCCACCAGAAGCAGAAGUGAAGGGACGGACUGGAAAGUCGUUUCUUUUCUGCACUUUAUAUGGGCGUAAAAAAACGCCCGCGAGAAACCAGGCGAGCACUUAAUUCCUGAUGCUUUUUUUUUUUUUUUUUACAGAAAUCUAUCACUCAUGUAUUGACUUGAACGCUAUGUUCUUUAGGAUGUUCAUUUCCAACUCUUCUAGCAUCCCAAUUGUUUUUUAUUUUGUUAAAUCAUAAUUUGCUGAUUUUUUUUUUUUUGUCGCUAAAAUUUUGUAAAGAGAUGAGUAUUUUGAUGCUUGCUUGAACUAAUCGAUACUACAUAGAUUGUACCAUAAAGACGCCUAUUUAUUAUAUUGUCUAUGACAGUGGAAUGGUAUUUUAUAACGUGUUUGGUUUUUAAAGACACGCUUUUCACGGCGACUUUUUUUGGUCUUGGCACUCACCUCGCCGUGUCUCUUUUCUUUCUUUUUUUCCCUUUGUUUUUUGUACUCCUUUUGGAAUCGUUUUGUAAUUCUGCUUUAUUUGUAGUCAUCUGCGCAAAAUAUAUAAAAAUAAUAAUAAAAAUACAAACACGGGCAUAUCGUAAAUAUAGUGGACCAUGUAAAUAAAUACCUGUUCAACACCUCCCCUUCAUUUUGUGCCAUUUUUGACCUAAUCUUCCCUCACCCAUUUUUUCCCCCUCUUGCUCAGUUUCCUGCAAAGUUGAUUUGACUUUCUGUGAUUUGAAUUUUUAAUUUUUUUUUAGCCCGAUCAAAUGGGAAAAAGUCCAGAAUAAAAUAUAUUUUGAUAAUA